ACACCAUUUUCGCCUCCCUCCAGUUGGCAUUUCUGUCCCGCCUGCUUUGACGUAGUCGCCGUUGCUCAAGAGUUUUAUCGAAGCGAAGUCCAAUGUAGGCGUCGUUCAGGUUUCGCCUAUUACACACAGUAAGGACCGAUAAGUGUGUGUGAAUGUGAGCGUGAGGAGGAGGAGGAGGAGGCAUGGAGGUUCUGUGGUUUCUGCCGCUGCUCGUCGUGCCGGUCCUGUUUUGGACCAGCUCCACGUUCGUUUACUAUUUCAAAAAAUGUUUCUACGUCGCCUAUAUGAUGCUGUUGGCCCUGAUCGCGAUCCCCAUUUGCAUCCUGAAAAGCGGUGGACGGGACGUCGAGAAUAUGCGGAUCAUUCGCUUCCUGGUUCGCCAUGUGAAGUACUUCCUGGGUCUACGCUUUGAGAUCAUUGGAUGGGAACACCUGCAGACUGAGGGGCCUUAUGUCAUCAUCUCCAACCAUCAGUCAUCUCUUGAUGUGCUGGGCCUGAUGGAGGUUUUGCCUGAUCGCUGCACCACUAUUGCCAAGAAGGAGCUGCUGUGGGCAGGAACAGUGGGCAUGGCCUGCUGGCUGGGGGGCAUCGUGUUCAUCAACCGCAAGAAAACUAGUGAUGCUAAGAGUGUCAUGGUCGACACUGCCAAGGUCAUGCUGCACGACAAGAUCCGCCUGUGGGUGUUUCCUGAAGGAACGCGGAAUCAGAAAGGUGAUGUUCUGCCAUUUAAGAAGGGCGCAUUCCACCUAGCAGUGCAGGCCCAGGCACCCAUCAUCCCCAUUGUGUUUUCCUCCUAUAGCAACUUCUACCUACGGAAGGAGAAAGAGUUCAAAUCAGGAAAGAUCACUCUGAAGAUCCUCCCCAAAAUUGAGACGAAAGGCUUGACGUCAGACGACGUGUCGUCGCUCUGUGACCAGUCGUAUGGCGUGAUGCGUGCUGCCUUCCUUGAAAUCUCUGGCCAAUCUCAGUCCAAUGGGCCGUCCAAUCACUGAGCGUUUUGGUGACUCCAUCUACUGUUUCUCUCUCAUUGCCUCUCAUAGCCGCACCGCUCUGACGGCUCGAGACUUUGCAGUCGUGGUGAUUGACGGUUGCUGUGGCAACUAGACACUUCCAGCAUCUUCUUCAGUGUCAAUAUAAAGCCACAUUACACACACACACACACACACACAUAUAUAUAUAUAUAUAUAUAUAUAUAUAUAUAUAUAUAUAUAUAUAUAUAUAUAUAACCACACACAUACACUCAAAUACACUCGUCUCUCGUUGAGACUUUUGGAAGCGCAUGGGUGUGGCGUUAACUGAGGGCAACGACCUUUGACCUUGCCUAUUGGAGACAGUCUGUUUGGAGCAUUUUUACAAUAUGUUUGUUUCAGAAAGGAAGAUUUCUUGUGGAUGUGCACUUAUCAUGCAUGCCUUGGGACGCUUUGUCUGUCCUUCGCUUUUAAGUUCCUGGACAAUUUCUCAUGUUUUACAGUUUAUGCCUAUUCCCUGCUAUUCAUUUACUUGUAGCUGAUCUUUUAGGUCUUUUUUAUUUUAUUUUAUUUUUUUUAAGUAAUCAUUUUUCAUCUUGUUUUGGUUCAUGUUCUAUUGUCUUUUGCCAUCAGUCCUGCCUUAGGACCCAGCCAAUUAAAAGUGUACCUUAAAUGUAACUACCACCAGUGACAAACUUCUACCAUUCCAAUCCUACCCCAUAAAGCAGACGGUGGCAGAUCGGGAGGAAUUUUUCACUUGAUUUUAUGCAGUACUGCUAACUGUUUUCCCUUAAUAAGCCUCUUCAUUGGAGUUUGCACUUAAAAAAACAAGACAAAAAACGAAGCCUUUCUGUUGCUUAGCUUUAUUUAUUUUUGUAUUUCAGCCUUUUUGCCUUUUUACCUUUUGUUCCUUGUUUUGGAAAAAGGUACCUCUUUAGCUUUAAAUGUCAAAGGUAAUUUACAUGAACUGCAGUGUUGGAUUGUACUAUGGAUAUUGGCUCCUGGAAAAAAAAGGAAAUGAAAUACAGCCUAUUAAAAUGUAGUAUUUAAUAAUUUAUUUUGCUUGUGAAUUAGAAAUAGCCGUUUCUGGUGCUGGUUGCUUUACCGUCAUGCCCUUAAUCUGUGUCAUAAACUUAUUCAGUGUUGCCAGAUUAAACAGUAUCCUCCACAUCUGGCUAUUUUUUAUUCACCUGGAGUGGAAACAGAUUUGGGCUGUUUGUUGCAUUUCAAAGUAACAUUUCAGGACCGGUUCCCUAACGGCGCGUCCGAUCCGGCACACUGAACUCGUACACAAGUCGUUCCGAGACACUUGAUUAGCGCCACACACACGUGCUAUCUACAUGCAUGCAUAUGCUAGAUCAAGUUUCUGGCCUGAUCUGUACUACAUGUCUGGAUAAUUACAAAACCUUUGGUAUUCAUGUUUAAUACUGCUAAAUUAAUAUGCUACCGGCUAUGAAAAUAAUAGUGUUUUUUAAAUAACCUUUUAGUUACUAAUUGUUUAUUCAGAAUUGUAAUUUUUAAAAAAUGACAUUUAUCAUACUGGUACCAAAACAAACGCUCUAAACUGUUUCUGUGGCGUGUGUGAGGUUUCUCAGCUAGCAGUCACAGCACUGCGAGUCGAUUCGUGAUCAGUGACGGAUGAAAGUCUUGAAGGUCGAAUACUGGUCUAGUUCAUCUCGCGUGAGAAUGCGGGUCACGAAUAACCAAAUUUAAAGCGUACCUUACUAAACUGACUUAUUCGGUUUGGACUGGGGACAUGAUAUGAUUUUAAAAAAGGUGUCAGUUAUUUUUGGAAGCAUUUUUGGGAAACGAAGCUGAACGGUCAACAUUCUGAAAACCACGGGGGGAAAAAAGAUUUGAAGUUGUUCCUUGUUUAUCUCUUCUUGUUGAAAUAUUUGCUUGACAUUUUAACUGUGCUUAUUGUUGUUGUUGAAACUAGGCAUUUCCAUACCUGUUUUUCCAUUUCAUUUGGGUUGAAAUAAAUAUUUAUUUCAUUUGGAACGCUAA